AUGAGCAACAGGUAUACUCCCGGGCAGAACGUUGUUGUUCAGGGCGUCCCUGUCAACGAAGUUGAUUCAGACGAGAACUAUGCUCCUGGCGAGCUUAUCGGCAUGCAGAGCACCGCGGUGAAGAAUGGCUUCGUUCGGAAGGUCUACAGCAUUCUCACGGUCCAGCUGAUCGUCACUACGCUAAUCGCUGCACCGAUCGCCAACUAUGGUCUGGAAAUGAAGGUGAAAAGCCCCGAAAUCGUUUCGACCAUGAUGUUCCUGUCUUUGGCGGCGGUCAUUGCCAUCAUGUGCGUGUUCACUUGCUGUCCCCACACCAUGCGAGAAUAUCCUACAAACUACUUCUUGCUUGGAAUGUUUACCGUGGCCGAAGCUGUCAUGGUUGGCUUCGUGUGUGCGAACUAUACAGCGCAGUCCGUGAUCAUGUGCCUGGCAAUUACAGCCGUUUGUGUUGGCGGCUUGACGCUCUUUGCUUGCCAGACAAAGUACGACUUCACAGGAUUUCUUCCCUACCUCAUGACUGCUACCUUGGUUCUCUGCGGUUUCAGCUUCCUGCUCAUGAUGACCGCAAUGCUUGGAGGGGCCGGAGGUGGAUUCUUCAGGGCAGCCAAUCUGGUGUAUGCCGCCCUUGGGGCUCUGCUCUUCUGCGGAUACAUCGUGGUGGACACCCAGAUGAUCAUUGGUGGAAAGCAUAGUACAUAUUCGUUUACUGUGGAUGACUACUGCAUGGCCGCCAUCACACUGUACGUGGACAUCAUCCAGCUCUUCCUAUACUUACUCCAGCUUUUCGGAGUGGAAUCCCAGCGUGCGCAGCUGCAGGCUCAGUUGGAUGAGAUCCAAGCCGGCUAUGUCAGCCUCAAGGCUGUGGCAGAGGCGGAGCGUUCGAAGACUCGCGUGGCAGAGCAGACUCUGAAGGAGCGUGAUGCUCGCGUCGCACAGCUGCUUGAGGAGAUUCAGAAGUAUCGUUCCCAACAGAACCUGAUGAAGGAUGAGGCCAUCGAGCUCGCUGAGCACCGCGCAUGGCUGGGCGAGGAUCAGCGGUGGCUGCUCACGCUGGAAUCCCGCCUGAAGGAGGAGCAGAAACGGGCGAGUGAGCUUGAGGACCAGCUCCUGGAGGAGAAAAAGAGGUGCGCACGGCGACUGGAGGACAUGUCACAGGAACUCUUGGAAGAGAAGGCCAAGUGCUUGGAGCUGCGGAAGCCACGUCCAGCGGACCGGGAUCGCCAGGCGAAGUUUCCGGCCAUGCUCGCUGGUGGGCUGCUGCCGCAGUCACCUCCCAUCCUUUCAGAGCUUGCAGGGCAUCAGUCGCGGCUACGCGGCCAAAUUCGGCCAUCUGUCCUCAGGCGUGGCCGUAGCCAAUUCGCUCUGGUUGCUGCUACGGUCGCCUCCGUGCACCGGGGCAGAAGCCGAUGGCACAAGGGCCUUCGCUGCAAUGCCGAGAGGGCAGAUGCGGGUCCCCCGCGACUAGAAUUCCUUGAUGAUGAUCCGAGCUGCUAUACCAUCGGCAUCCUGGGUGACCUCCACUUAGACCCUCGCGACCUGGAGGAUUCCAUGAUCGGCCGGCAGCACAUGAAGGAUGCUUUGGAGGGACAGCUGAAUGCUUUCGCUGUUUCUCUGGGUGAUCUUGGAGAGUCCAAGGAUUGCAAUGACACACAGCAGCUUUUUUCUGGAACAUCGACGUGCUUCAAGCUCGCGCGCGAGUUCUUGGAUGGCCUGGGGACGAGGUAUGAUGUCGUGGGCGGCAACCAUGACCUCGAGGGCAUCGAUGAGUUCGGCACGGACGCUGAAAAUCUGAGAGCCUUCCUGGACAUUCUGGGUAAGGAGAAUCCCUACUUCUGUCAUGAGAUUGCAGAGCGGACGCUGCUCGUCGGCCUCGGCUCCACUUCCUUCCGCUCCGCGCGCUUCUCGUCCCAUGAGGUGUCAGUGGAUUCGGAGCAGCUGGAGUGGUUUGAAGACACUAUCCGCGCCCAUCCAGCAGCUGAGGGCUGGCAGGUCUUCGUGUUCUCUCAUGCCCCGAUAAUAGGCUCUGCCCUGCGAGUGCUUCAGGAGAUUCAUGUGCUGAAUGGCUGCUGCUGGUUGAACCACACUGAUGGAGCCAGCUCGAAGAAAUUCAUCCAGAUUGUGCGCGAGAACGCCUGCAUAAAGGGUUGGUUUUCCGGGCACUUCCACCUGUCUCACGACUACGAAGACUCUAUCACAUUUCCAGGCGGCAACCGGCGCGGCCACUGCGUCUUUGCACAGACAGGGGUGAUGCGAAGCCACUCCUCGAGAGAUGGGAGGCAGCAGUCGCGACUGGUCAAGGGCAAUGCCCAGGGCUUCGAGAUCUACACCCUGGAUCACAAGAAAAGCGGCGAGCUUCGCUUGGAUGCCACCGUGCUCUACUCCGACAGCUGUGACCUUCCGGAGGAGCUCAAGCUUGAUGCAGCAGCUGCAGAGUGUUCUACACUGACCUUUGCGCACAAACACGAGGACUAUGACCAUGCAUUAUGGUUUUCCGCGUACGUGCCACAGGAGAAUGACGGCUGCCUGAUCCCAGAUGCCAAUGGCACCUUGAAUCCUGCGGGCACGGAGAUGGACUUCUCGCAGCCAGACCAGGUCUGCUGGUGGCACAUGAAAGACGGAGCGGUGCUGGGCGUGCACAAUGGCAUGAUCAUUGAGUACGAUGCCUCCACGCUUGCACCUCUUGGCAUGGUCGUCAGCAGAGACGAGAUGCAAGAUCGACGAGUCGCAGUGAUCGACGAUGAGUGGGGAGGAUCUGCACUGGUUUUGUACGAUGAUCGCACCAGUGAUGUCACGGUAGUGCAGCCGAACGAGGACGGUUCCUACUGGCGAAAAGUGGUGCGAAACAAGGUGCACCGGAUGAAGGAAAUGCGACGAAUGAAGGCUGCAGAGCGCUGGGCCAAGAAGGAGAAGCAACUCGACAAGGUCAGGGUGCUCUCUUCCUACGGGCCGUACAAAACAAGCUCGAGCAAGGUCAUGGACCUGUCCACUCGAGCCAUUGAUCCAAAGGAUGCCAAGUUCCUUGCCGAAAUCCACGAGGUGCAACGCCAGGCGAAAGCUUAUGAGCGAGGCUGGAAACAGGCCGUCCUUGAUUCCAAAGAAAUGGAGAGCAUGCUGAAGAAAGAGCGCCAGCAUCGGCAGCAGUUCAGUGACUUCGUUGAGGACUUGGAAAAGCGCUGCUGGAUGCUUCAAAAGGACCUGCGUUUGCAGAGUCUUCCCGAAGUGUUGGCUGCAGAGCGGCAACAGGCUGCGGCCAUUGCACAGAGAGCCUUCGACUUCGAAGACCGGUGCGAAAAGCUUCACAAGAAUCUCGACGACAUGCACAUGUACCUGGAGAAGUUGAGCGUGGAGAGUGCUCAAGGUGCCGUGGCAGUUCAGCGGGCUAACGAGAUGCAGGAGCAGUACGACCAGCUUCACACAUGUCCACUUCUGGACGAUAGCCCUUCAUGGGAAAAGACGGCGGCUGGGGCAAGAAGGGGGGGUACCAAGGCGCCGGUGGGUCCGGCAAAAGCCAUCCCAGCCAAGGAGCUUGGUCCAAGGAUCGCGGAGGAGCUGCGGGCGGAGCUUGGGGUGCGCCCGAGAUGUGGAAAGCGCAAAGGUGACCAGGACAAGGGCUUGAAGGGCGAGAAAGGAGGCGAAAAGGGCAAAGGCAAGAGGGGCCCCGACCCAUGGAGCUACGUGCCGCUGUGCUCCGGUGGAGGAGAUCCGCUUGGAAUCGCGGCGAUCUACAAUGAGGUGCCACCAGCAUGGCUCGACGUCAGCCAUGGUGGCAAACCUUGGCUGGAAAGGCUUCAUGUCACAUUUGCUCUUCGCAUGAAGAAGAUGGACCACUUGGACCGCCUUGAGCAGGUGUGUGGUAGCUCCGCGCCUGUCGAGUUGAAAGUGAAGGAGCUCUUUCUCUCCCGUGUUGAUCGGAUCAGGGACGCCGAGGUCUACUGCAUAGGAGUAGCCUUCGAGUCUCCUGGUCUUCGAGCUCUUAAGGACGCCUGGCUGCAAGGAGAGCCGGACGAGCAUGCUCGGCGAAGCCAUGAUCCCUAUCCGACCAGCGAUGGACACGUCUCCCUGGCCUACAUCCAGGCGUCUGCUUGGCAACAGGCCAAGGACUUUGUAGAUGCGAAGAGGACCGGGUUGGAAGGUCGUAGCUUCAUGGUGCAAUCCAUCACCUACGAGGAUGAACGGCGGGAGAAGUCUGAAUUCCGUCUUACUGGUGAAGAAG